AUGUCAACAAAGUGCACUUACCUUUUCGGUCAAAGGUCUAUAAGUAACUCCAGAGUUAAGCGUGCUUGGGCUGGAGUAGUUGAAGGAUGGGUGACCUUUCGGGAAGUGGUUUCCGAAACCGUGGGUGAGGCCCACGGGCCGAGAUGGGCCUGCGGGCCCGGAGAGAGGGCGUGGGUGACUCACCGGGAGGGGCAGUCGGGGCGUUAUAAUUUUAAUCCAGAUGCACCACCUACUGCAUCUCCUUGUGGGCAGUCACAGUUAGUCACUCCAGCAGCUCCUGUCAAGAGUUCAAAACCAUUAAGUCAAACUCCGCCAGCUUCCUCACACCACGGUUCUCCACGAGUUGUUGGCAAGGAAUAUCAGAAGUGCAAGCUGCUCGACAUAACGGGUCAGAAGAGGAUUGUUGCCGAGGGACGAUGGUCUUCAAAUAACCCAGACCAAUUGGUGCAUUUUGUUCCCUUAGGCUUUGAGGCUGUGCGUGUAUGGGUCGAUACAGUGAAGGUGGACGAUGCAGCUGUUUGGAAGCCUAAUUCAGCAAUUCAGUCCAUGGAAGAUGCUAUUGGGACCGCAAUAGCGUGGCCUGAAGACAAAGUGGUCCUCCUUUGA